ACUUCUUUGCCUUUGCCUUUCACUGUUUGUUGCUCCUGCUUCCUUUGCGCCUUCAACUUUUUCUCCGCAGCCAAAAUACCAAACGGAUCUUCUGACGAUUUACUCGAACCUCCGGAGUGGUUAGAGCUGACGUGUGCUACGUUUGCAACGUUCUCGUUAUCGAUCUCCUCCUCCCUUUCUUCCUCCUCUUCAUAUGUAAGUUCAUGUGAUACUUGUAGGAACUCAUAUUCGAUGUCAGAGGUUGAAGGGGGGGAUGAGGGAGGAAGGGGUGAGGCUGGAAAUGGUUGGCGGGCUGUGGGAAAAGACUGGCGAACAUUUCGUGGUGCUGGGCUACCGGACGGAAGAGCGAGUCCUCGAUGGUGUUUGAUAAGUCUCGGUGUUGAUUCCAACGGUCCGGAAGGUUUCUUCCCUUUGAGUGGGGAAGGACUAGCUAGCAAUUCUUCGAUAAACGCUUUGGACACCUUUGACUUUGGCUUCGCUGGAAAGGUUGGUUCUCCCUCUCCUGCAUGGUGUCCACCAUGUGGUAGCUGCAACGCAGGAAGGGGCUUCACCGACCCUGGGUUGUAUAACUUGGGUGGUAUAGGACUAUUCUUGGGUGUUUUGUCUUGUAACGGUUUUCGAUUUCGUAUAUUUGGCAUAUUCAAGAGUAAUGAUGAGUAGGAUAUUCGGGAAAAUAGGGCAAAGGGGGGUAAAGAGAGUGUGCAAGAUGGACGUCGAGGUGCAAGAAGUAAGAAUGUCACGCAUCACAAACCUCGCGUGCUUUGUCACAACUAAACAGCACGUGACCGCGUAUUAUCCUUUUCUGGCGAAUUCGAAUUUAUAGGCGCCUAUAACUUUAUAUUGCUGGAAUUUGGCAGGAAUUCUUGCAGUCGAUCGUUCAAGCUGGUCUUGCUUCACCCUACCAUUUUGUUUCCUUUCACUCGUCUUCGCCACCCUGAUACCUAUAACAUGCUUUCUGAAGACUCAGAUAAUGAGUCUGUUCAGUCUAUCCACCAGCUUACCAUCAAUGAGCAUUUUGCCAAAGCAUAUGAGUACAAGAAGGAACGGGAAGAAUUAGCGAAACUCAAGGAGAAAUAUGGCUCUGACUAUGAGGACGGCGACGAGGAGGAAGACUCUGAAGAGGCUGAAUCCGAGGAUGAAGACGGUGAAGAGCUCACGCCUGCAGUGGAUGUGGCGAUCCUGCGUACGCUUGCUAGGAUUAAGCGGAAAGACCCGUCUAUAUACGAAGCUGGAAAAGAUGUCUUCGAGGAGGAACGUAAGAAGACAGGUGAAUCUGGGCUAAAGAAACGGACUACGAAAGACAAGUCAAAACCUUUGACUAUGCGUCAACAUGCCCUCGCAUCCGCGCUUAUCCCGACCUCUCGAUCACCCUCACCCGAGCCGCUCACACACGUCGAAGAGCAAAAGGCUCUCCAAAAAGAAACGAUCGAAGCGUUCCAUGGUGCGAUCAUUGUUGAGGGCGAUGAAGACGAAGACGAUCUGCUUGUUCCUCGAGAGAAGACCAAGGACGAGAUCGAACGAGAGGAGGAGGAGUAUCGAGAGUUCCUACAACGGGAAGUUGGAGAGGAUUUGAAGGGACUUGUGACUGUUGAAGAAGGUAUCGCCAUUCUUCACGAAGAUGCCGCAGAGCAGGGCAGCAAGAGUCAAAAGGGCAAGAAAGAAAAGAAGAAGUCGAAAGAGCCCCGGAAGAGUAAAGUAGCGGAUGACCAAGAGUUCCUCAUGAACUACAUUCUCAACCGUGGAUGGAUAGACAAAUCGGAGAAACGUCUUCCUACAUACCACGAAAUCACCGCCUCAAGUAAGAGCAAAGGAAAAGGCAAGGCUAAACAGAAUCCGGAAACGGAGUCGGAUGGUGGUGACGAAAGUACGGCCGAAGAUGAAGAACUCUCCGAGGAGGUAGAGUUCGAUGAAAUCGCCGACCGUUUCGAAAGUUCAUAUAACUUCCGUUUCGAGGAACCUGAUGCUGCUUCGAUCCCUCGUUAUCCUCGUAACAUCACAUCACUCGUCCGACGAGAAGAUUCGAGUCGUAAAGAGGAACGAGAAAGGCGGAAGGCUCGCAAGGAAGAAGAGGUACUGAAGAAGAAAGAAGAAGUCAAGCGACUCAAAGCUCUGAAGAUGAAAGAGCUGAGAGUCAAGUUGGAGCAAAUUGGGAAGGAGGGUGGAAAGAAUCUUGAAGAGACGAUAGCUCUGCAAAAGCUCGACCUCGAAGCCGACUGGGACCCCGAAGCGCACGAUCGCCAAAUGGCCGACAUUUACGGUCAAGAAGAGGACGAUAUUCUUGUGGACGAGGACAAGCCAACUUGGGAUGAUGAUAUAGACGUCGCCGAUAUCGUACCUCCAGAAUCUGAAGGCGAGGAAGGGGAAUCCUCCAAGAAGAAAAAGAAGAAAAAGAAGAAGAAAAAGGACAAGGAAGAGUGGGAACAAAGCGUUGAUGUCGACGAGAUGGAUGCCGACGUUCAGCAGUACGAAGACGAGGAAGAGUGGGACGGAACGGAGGAAAUGCGGAAGAAGAAAUUGGAGGAAUACAUGGACGAGUUAUACAAUUUGGAGUUCAACGAUAUGGUGGCCGGCAUGCCGACACGAUUCAAAUACACCAAAGUUCAACCACAGGCCUUCGCCCUCACACCAGAAGAGAUUCUCCUCGCGACCGAUGCCGAGCUUAACCAAUACAUGGGCAUCAAGAAGUACGCGCCAUAUCGUAAGGACGGCAGUAACUGGGACAAGAAUCGUGCAGCUCGUUUUCAGGAGCUCAAAACGAAGAUUAAGGAAAGACGCGCGAAGCUCAUGGGUGAACGUCCGGAAGAGGCGUUCCCUGAGACUGAGAAACCGGCGAAAAAGAGGAAGGGUAAGAAGGAGCGUAUGAAGGAGAAGGCUGUGGCUACUGCCGGUGGAGGUGAGCAGAAUGCAGAUGUGGCGGAGCAGAAGGAGCAGAAGGUGGUGAAGCAUGAUAAGGAAGAGAGAUCGUCGAAGCGGAAGACCCCAGAGCACGAAGAGUCUCAGGAGGGUCCGACGAAGAAGAAACGCAGACGUCACAAGAAGUCAGGACACACACAAGCGGAUUCCUAGUGUAUGUCGCUGAGACCUUUCUGUGGAUAUCAUCACCUUUCAAUGUGCACACUGAAUGGCUU